AUGUACGGACACGUGCAGCGGCUGGCGGAGGCUGAAAAAAUAGGGAUUGAGUCGGCUGGAGGACACGCCGAUAUUUAUCACAUUGCCGAAACCCUUCCUCAGGAGAUUCUAGACUCGAUACACGCUCCGCCCAAGUUAUCCCACCCUAUCAUCGGCCCAGAAAAGUUGACUGAGUAUGAUGGCGUUCUCUUUGGUAUCGCACCCCGCUAUGGGAAUUUCCCAGUGCAGUGGAAAGCGUUCUGGGACAGCACAGGCGAAAUAUGGGAGACUGGUCGUUACUGGGGCAAGUAUGCUGGUCUCUUCGUGAGUACAGGAAUUCCCGGCGGUGGCCAGGAGUCCACUGCCAUUGCUGCCAUGAGCACGUUAAGUCACCAUGGCUUCCUAUACGUUCCACUGGGCUACAAACCAGUGUUCCCGCUAUUAACCAAUUUAUCCGAAAUCCAUGGUGGCAGUCCAUGGGGUGCAGGAAACUUUGCAGGACCCGACGGCAGUCGUCAACCGACGGCUCUGGAGUUAUCCAUUGCUGAAGGUCAGAGAAAAGCUUUCUACGAGAUUGUUAGCCGAGUCUUGAUCUAA